AGUGGGCCCGGGCGGAUGUCUCCGGCGCGUCCGUGCAGGGGGCUGAGGGCCGCGGUGGCUGCCAGCGUGGGGUUGAGCGAGGGGCCGGGGGGCUCCGCCCGGAGGGGCCGCCUCCUGCGCCCACCGAGCCCCGCUCCGGCGGCGCCGGGGGCCCGGCUGUUGCGGCUCCCGGGGAGCGGGGCCGUGCGGGCCGCAAGCCCGGAGCGCGCCGGCUGGACCGAGGCGCUGCGGGCCGCCGUGGCCGAGCUGCGCGCCGGCGCCGUGGUGGCCGUCCCCACCGACACGCUGUACGGCCUGGCCUGCUCGGCGAGCUGCUCGGCGGCACUGGGAGCUGUGUAUCGCCUCAAGGGCCGCAGUGAGGCCAAGCCGCUGGCCGUCUGCCUGGGCCGCGUGGCCGACGUCUACAGGUAUUGCCAUGUGAGAGUACCCGAGGGGCUCCUGAAAGACUUAUUACCAGGACCAGUGACCCUGGUGUUGGAACGCUCUGAGGAGCUUAAUAAGGAUCUGAACCCCUUUACUCCUCUCGUAGGCAUCCGGAUUCCUGACCAUGCCUUCAUACAGGAUUUGGCUCAGGUGUUUGGGGGGCCACUUGCUCUCACCAGUGCCAACCUCAGCUCCCAGGCCAGUUCUCUGAACGUGGAGGAGUUCCAGGACCUCUGGCCUCAGCUGUCCCUGAUCAUUGAUGGGGGACCAAUCGGGGAUGGCCAGAGCUCUGAGUAUCGCCUGGGCUCAACUGUGGUUGACUUAUCUGUACCUGGAAAGUUUGGCAUCAUCCGCCCAGGCUGUGCCCUGGAGAGAACUACAGCCAUCCUCCAGCAGAAGUACGGGCUGCUCCCCUCACACGGAUCCGGCUCGUGAAUCUCGGGAAGAGGGAGGGCCCGAGGACUGGUGCUGGACACUGUGUGUCUGUUCGCUGGUGACUGGCAAGGCCUCAUUCACAGAGGCCACGGGGGCCACAGCAUCACUAGUCUGACGCUUUCAGGCAGUGUGUCCCUCUGAACCCUGUAGACCAGGCCCCAGAAGCUGCUGCUUUUGUCUCACACUGGUGGGGGAGGUCAUAUUUAUGAACUGUACUUUCAUAUCAGCCAAAAGCUGACUAGACACUUUAUUUGAGCACAUUCCUAGGAUGGCCUUGUCCUAAUAAGUUUCUUCUUAAAAGAUAUGUUUGAAACAUUGAAAGAACAGACUUGGAAUCUAGUCAGAGCCUCCCCUCUGGUGGGUGGUGGCUUUUAAGGUCCAGAUCAGCCAGUGCACCAGCUGGUGCUGUUGGAACGUCUCAAGUGACCAAAGGCAUGUGUUUCUGCACCUGAAGCUGGAACCAGAUUAGGAUAAAGGUUGUUGAGCCACGGGCCACACACUGUUUCCUCUGAACCAGUGAGGCCGGUGGUAUGGUGUGCUGUGAUGCCAGGAAGAGCCAUCGUUUUGGGCAAGUUGUGGGAAGUGAGCUCAGUUGGCAAGGGGUGGGGUUGGGGAGGUCCAAAUUAGAGAAUACUGGAAAGCAAAUCUCUACUAUUUCUGUCAGCCAGUGGCUCUUUUCGUAUUUAUUCAUAAAAUAAAUUAUAACAAAUUAUACCUAUAACACUUUUAUUUGAAUCCAGUGUCUACUCAGCAGCCUGCAUCUUUAUUCAUGUGAAUACCAAGUGUUAAACAGUUAUUCUUGGGUAUCUGAACCUUGUUUUUCAUUAAUAGAAAAUGUUUUGU